AACUCUGAUACAUCUACUAAGUAAUAGUUAACUAACAUAAUCUUGUUGACAAGGGGAAAAGUGAAAGAGUGAAGGGAGAAUUGAGAAAAAUGAAUUUGGUUUUGAUUAGUGUCGUCACUCAAUAGCAUUUCUUCUGUUUAUUUUUUUGAGUUAUCCUCAUUAUCAUUGAUAGAUUACAAUUUGAUUCACAUAUUUUUAUAUAUGUGAAUAAUUUCUCUUUGUGGAGCGGGUAUGAGUAUAGGUAUGGGGCGGGGAGGCUAAAACCAUUAGGGGCUGGCUAUUUGGUCCGGGUUUUUUGGUUUUACGCGAAACCAGACCGGAUAGUAAACAACCCAAUCCAAUAUUUGGGCUUAGAUUUGAGGUAAAAAACCGUUUUGGACCGAAUCGAAAACUGGAUAAGAGAGCUCAACGCCCAAAACUUAAGGGUAAUUUGCAUAAACGGUCACAAAUCUUUGUACUUAGUACAAAACUUAACCAACUCCUCACCUUUUCAGGCCUUAGGACACUCAAAUUCCCACAAGCUCAAUUUAAAAUCAAGACCGAAUUGGGACCAGACCGGGUCAAGACCUGACUGUAUCCAAUCCAAUCUUUGGUCCUUAUAUUUUCAAAAAGACCGGACCGGACUGGAUCAAUUUGGGCCAAUUUAACCGGACCGUAUAGCCAACCCUAAAAACCAUACCCCAUACCUAUCAAAUUUUUUGCCGGUUUUAUUUUAGCCAUAUCCAUCCCAUACUAAAUCAAAGUGGAGAUUCCCCGCAUUAACUGAGUCGGGAGUGAUCUGGUACCCGCAAUUAUGAGUUUGAUUGUCAUUCCUAUCUAGAAGGCGAUUGAUUGGAUCAUACUAAUACUAAAAUUCUAGUAACACUUCUCUCUCCGGCCAGAAAGUCGCUUAAAGUCGAACAUAAAAGUCCAAAACUCUCUGUCCCCUUCUGCUUCAGCUAACCAGCUCCAUAUAUAUGUAUAAAUAAAAUCCCCAAUAAACAGAAUCGAAACCUCCAUCACAAUUCACAACAAACCAGCCAUCUCUCUUACUCUGUUUUGCAAAUCCACAAAGAAAAAUGGACGCCUCCUCGUUUCCCAUAAUCCCACUGCUACUUCCUUUUCCUCACCGCCACAUCACGGACACUACCACUGCAACUCAUAGCCCGGCUGCCCAUGAUGAAGAACAAGACGAUGAAGACAUCCUUUCCCUGUGCGAUCUUCCUCUCCACAACAGCAGCAGCAACAACAUUAAUCAGCAGAACCAUCUUGCAGCGGCGUCUCCUGCUCUUGAUGCUGAUGAUGAGGAGGAAGAUGGGUUCGAGUUCUCGAGGGAGUACUCAUUCACAGCCGAUCAAUCCCUUGAUGCCACCACCACCAAAAACAGAGACAACGAUUUGAAUAAUAGCAUCGUCUUCUGCGGGAAGCUCAUUGCUCACAGACAAUUAGCAGUCCAACAGCAGGACAAGGUUAAAUUGAUGAAUGUUAAUGAGAAGAAGAGGAAGAAGGAAGAGGGUAAGAAGCAGAGCAAGAAGAAACAGAGUAGCAGCAGCAGAGGCAGGAUUUUCCCCUGGAAAUCGUUCUCCUCCUCCUCGUCCUCUUCCUCGUCCAAUUCAUCAUCAUCAUCAGCGUCUUCGUCGCCGGGUAGGAAGAAGAAGAAGAAGGGCACUGGGGCUGGGAGGUGGAGCGCAAGAGGGUAUUUGUGUUUGGCGAUUGGGGUGGAGUGGAAGUUGCCGGUGAGGAGUAUGGAUCUCAAGGACAUUAAGCUGAGGCAGAGCCGCCGGAGUUCUUCUACCAGCCUUGAUUUUGAUGUUUCAACAUCAUCGUCGUCAUCGUCUUCCAUGCUGCCGGAGAAUACAUCCGCCGUCGGUAGUAAAUCUGGAAAGGGGUUAUGGUGUUUGCUCAGGGUUUUGGCCGGCGCUCGCCCUUAAUUGAUUAGUUUACUUACCUUGCAGCUAUCAUUUCCUCCAUUUCCUUCUGUUUCAGGACAGAUUUUUUUCCUGCUUAGAAAUUCUCAGUUACUGUUCUGUUUAGCGGGGUAAUUAGUUUGUAAAUUACUAAUGAAGAGCUUUUGUAUGAGUAAUCAUCAUAAUCUUGAAUCCAAAGAGUGCUUAUUGAUCUUCUCUUAGGUAGCUUGUACAUAUGGCCGUAGCAAUGGCAAAUGAGACGGGUUUAGGCUGGAUUUUGCUAUAUUUAUUUCUAUCUCAUUUUUAAUUCGUAAAUUCAUAUCCUUUUUGUCGUGGUAUAGGUGAAAGUUUUUUUAAUCUCUAAUCUCCAUCCUCAUUUCCGCGGUUUUCUGAUACUCGUAGAUAACUAGGGAAGUCAUGGAUGAUUUUAGAGGUAUAAUGUCGUACAUAGAUUAUGUAUCGUAAUGAACCACAAAAAGUACGAGAAACAUAACAAAAUCCUUUUUUUAGGAAAAAUCAGGGAUAAAAGAUGACAUACAUGUGUUAAUGAAAUUGAAAAAAAAAGUGAAAUGAAGGUUUUUAGCAUUGCAAUAUUGUAAAAUUUUAGUGAAAGAUGGAUGAGAGAAAGAUCGUAUAACAAGUAAUUGGACGUAGGUAGUAUAUGUAUUACAUGCGUGGCGAUUAUGGUGAUGGGACGGAAACACUUCAACCCAUCUCGACUCAUCCCCGUCACUUUUUGGGUGAGUACUAUCCAUAUUAUCAACCCUAAAACUUAUCAAUACGAGAACUUUUCCUCACUGACAGGAUCAAAAUCGAGAAGAGUCGGAUACCCACGGUCCAAUUGCAAUCCUCAAUUGUCAUCAUGCAUGUUAGUUGAUGGCAUGGCAAUGCCAUGUUUCUCUAUUUCCCAGCUAAUUACUUACUCAUGUUAAUCAUGAUUGCCCCACUAAGCAUUCUAUAAUGAUAUCUCUCUCUCUGAUGCAAUCCCGAUUCCCCAGCUAUACAAAUGAAGUCCAGUUCCUCGUGAUCGAAUCCGAAUCACCAACCUUUCUUUGUUCUAAGCUUUGUUUUAACAUAAUGCAAUCGUAAAUCGUAACCACCUAAUGCAUUAAUGCCAUAUUAUAUUACCAAACAAAAUCAAGAACGUGAUUUAUAGUGAAUGUUCCAUGCAUUUUGGUUGAUCUAAUAUAGUAUUAUGAAACCCCAACGUGGUCACUACGCCUAUGUGUAUUAAGUUAACAACAAAAAAAUGUACAUACAUUCUUGAUAAAUGCUUCUUCAUUCAAUUGAACUUUGCAUAUGCAAUCAUUAUAAUAAUCACAAUUACGUCUAUAAUAAUAUUUGACGGUAAAUGGGAUCUCAAUGUCACAUUAAUUAAUCGCCAAUAUUGUUUAAUUUGAAUACAAAAAUAUGUUAAUUUAAUGUUUUUUUUUUCCUCCGCUAAUCAAUUAUUAAAAUGCAG